ACAACAUUGUCGGACCUCAAGGUCCUCGAAGGAUAUUCUUCAAAUUUAAGAAAUUGCGUCAAUAUGGAUGAUUUGAAACUCUAUGGCAUGAAGUCACAUGAUUGUCACGUACUGAUGCAAUAGUUAUUUCCUGUGGCAAUACGUUCUGUGUUGCCUAAAGAAGUGAGAUAUGCCAUUACAAGAUUAUGCUUCUUUUUCAAUGCUAUCUGUGACAAGGUUGUUGAUGUGGCAAAGUUGGACAAAAUUCAAUCCGAUAUAGUAAUCACAUUGUGUUUGCUUGAAAAGUACUUUCCACCAUCCUUCUUUGAUAUCAUGAUUCAUUUGACAGUGCAUCUUGUUAGAGAAGUACAACUAUGUGGACUUGUUCAUUUUCGAUGGAUGUACCCAUUUGAGAGGUUCAUGAAAGUUUUAAAGGGUUGUGUUCGUAAUCGUAAUUUGUCCAGAGGGUUGUAUGGUUGAAAGUUACGUUGCAGAAGAAGCAGUUGAGUUUUGCGCAGAUAACUUAUCUAGAGUCGAUCCAAUUGGAGUUCCUGUUGCUAGGAACAUGACUUCUGAUGGUUUGGAAAUCGAAAGGCCCUUACCAGGUGGUUAUGUUGUUGCCGUCGAUCGUGAAGAAUUUGAACAAGCACAUCGUUAUGUGUUAGAAAACAGCAGUGAAGUUGAACCUUACAUUGUGGAGCAUAUGGCUUGGUUGAAGGUACAAUAUCCUCGCCAAGAAAAAAGUCCAAAAUGGUUACAAGUUGAACACAAUAGAACAUUCAUAGAUUGGAUACAUUAUAAGGUUGCAGAUGAAUUAAACCUCAAGCGUAAUAUAUCCAACACCCUUGAGUGGAUUGCAUAAGGACCUCGCCUAGAUGUGAUUAAAAGUCCAGGCUACAUCAUAAACGGCACCCGUUAUCACACAAAAGAUCGUGAUAAUUCGCGAGUCACCCAGAAUAGUGGAGUUGGCUUGGUGGCAACGGCAAUGCAAGUUACCGGCUAUAAGGAUAAAAAUCCUGUGUUUGGAGAGAUAAAUUUUUAUGGGAU